UACUAUUUGCUUUUUUUACCAGAAGUCCUCACCACACGUAAAGGUUGCAUUGAAUUCUAUCCCUUCCUCAAACUUCCUUGUAUAUAAAUGCAUGGAUCUUCUAUACACGUGGCAGCGACCCAUCUCAUGUCGUGUUCUUCGCUUCGCUCUAUAAAUCUCACUUCCACUAGUUAGUAAACAAAGAGAACAACAAUACCUGCAACUCCACCAUCUUCCAUUGCCAAUACCAAUGGCCGUCCAUUACAUGAACACCACGGUGACCGCGGUUUCUGACUUCAGUUUCUGUCGCAACGGUCUCUUCUUACGCAGAUCAUACGACUUCCGAUACUGUCCGAUUCCAUCUGGUCGAGUUAUUACAUGUUGUCAAGGCGGGAAGACUCCAAAAGCAGUGAGUCCACUGGAGAUGCCUGUGACCGAGGCAUGUGACCGCGACCGAAUCUCCGGUUUCAUGCAGGGGAAGAGCUAUUUCAUCACGGGUGCAACUGGUUUCCUUGCCAAAGUUUUCAUCGAGAAAUUGUUGAGAGCAGCCCCCGAGACAGGGAAGAUCUUCCUUCUGAUGAAGGCCAAAGAUCAAGAAGCCACCAAGAAGAGACUCUACGAUGAGAUCAUCAACUCCGACCUGUUCGAGCUUCUGAAGCAAACACACCAGAACUCUUACGAAGCCUUCAUGACGAGUAAGUUGAUUCCAGUAGUGGGAGACAUUUCACAAAACAAUCUUGGAAUGGACCCCGAAACGGCCAAAAAUAUCGCCAAGGAGAUCGAUGUGAUCGUCAGCUCGGCGGCCAGUACAACCUUUGACGACAGGUACGAUUUUGCUCUGAGCAUCAAUACAUUGGGACCUGACCAGCUUAUGGGGUUUACCAAGAAAUGCGAGAAACUGAAUCUUUUUCUCCAUUUUUCAACCGCUUAUGUGAAUGGACUGAGACAGGGGAUAGUACCCGAGACUCCUCUUCACAUAUUGAAAGUUGAAUCUGAGGUGAAACUUGCUUCAGAAGCAGCAAGAACUUUCCAUCACAGAGAAGUGACCCGGAAAAUGAAGGAAUUGGGUCAUGAACGAGCCAUAAUCCACGGGUUCCAAAACACUUACACCUUCACCAAAGCAAUGGGCGAGAUGGUGAUAGACAGCUCGCGAGGGGAUCUGCCUGUCGUGAUCAUACGUCCUAGUAUCAUUGAAAGCUCUUAUAGAGAACCUGUCCCUGGCUGGAUACAAGGCAACAGAAUGGCAGAUCCAGUGCUCUUAGCCUAUGGCAAAGGACAGCUCCCUGGCUUCUUGGGUGACCCUCAAACUGUAGUUGACAUUGUACCUGUGGAUAUGGCUGUGAAUGCAGCAAUGGCAGCCAUGGCAAAACAUGGCAUCGAUGCGAAGCCCGGGCUGCAUGUUUACCAUGCCACUUCAUCUGUAGUGAAUCCACUGCUGCUUUAUGAGCUCUUUGAUCUAACUCAUCAACAUUUCUGCCGUUCUCCAUUGAGGGACUACAAAGGAGAGGACAUAAUGAUAGAGCCAAUGAAGUUGCACCGUUCCUUGGAGGAUUUCUCCUCCUACAUAUCCAACACAAUAACAGAACAAGAAUCCAAGAAAGAUGGAGAAUUACGCACAAUAACAGAGACGAAAUGCAAGAAGAAAAUAAAGUAUUUCGUGGACAUCGCCGAAGCUUACGAGCCAGUGACAUUUACUAAAGCACGGUUUGACAACACCAAUACUCGAAAACUGUUGGAAGACAUGACAUUGGAAGAGAGGAAGAUGUUUGGGUUCAACACUGGAAGCAUAGACUGGGAGCACUAUUUCAUGAAUGUCCAUCUUCCGGGUCUGAAGAGGCAUGUCAUGCAGGGCAGAUCCAGAUGAAAGAGUUUGAGAGAACGCAAGGGAUUCAAAUUCCAUCAAGUUUCAGUAUUUCUGGUACAUGUACUAGCUGCUGUCUGCGGUAUGAUCUAAUCAUUCAUGAACAAGAUCCAGAUGUGUGGAUCUGUAGAACAAGAGAUUCUAAAUGAAUUAUGUAAUGCAUCAAGUAUAAACAAAUUAGAAGAGAGAGAAAAUAUGUCGUAAACAAUCAUUUUGUGGCCUGCGGUUACUGGAUCAGAAACAUAUUCUUCCUUCUCCCGAGUCAUUAACCAUCCCUAUCAUGCAUAUGUCAUAUAUGAACUCUGAACACAAUCUACCGUCAGAAACGGAAACCAGUAGAAGAAGAGUAUUGCCUGAAACUUCUGCGAUGCAUUGAGCAUUAGGACAAUCAACAUAUCUAGUUAACUAGUGACUUCUGUAAUGUCUACGACAAGAGUUCAUUCUUAAUCUUUCUCCGUUGAGACUACGAUUAUUUCCCUAAAAGCUUCGACACUUUACAGAGAGUAAUCAAACAUACAUUGGACAGACAAACAUGGAGAUAUGCGAACGAAAUUCAGUGAAAGGGAAGAU